CAGCAACAAAAACAGCAGCAGCAACAACAGCAAUAGCAAAAACAGCAGCAACAAAAAUAGCAGCAACAAAAAUAGCAGCAACAAAAACAGCAACAGCCAAAACAGCAGAGGCAAUAAUAGCAGCAACAAAAACA